AUGGCACUCGCUAUACGAAAUGCGGCUCCGCUGAAGCCAGAGAUUCGCUUGGCACAAGCUGUUUCAGAGUUUGAAGCUAGCCUCGGCGAUGGACACAAAGAAGUAUUCCGAACCACACGAAAAGCCGCCCUCAGGACGGCGCCGAUCCCAAGCGAUGUUAUGAGGCUGACUGCGGAGAUUGAUUCACGAGUACGAAAACAGCAUGGUCUUUCACGAUGUUUUGGGCCCCGUCUUACCAACAUACUCCAAGCUGUCCAGCAAUUUGCGGCGCUGGGUGACACGGUGGUUGGCGGGUCGCAGAACCUGGUGGCCUGUGGUGUGUGGUCAGCGGUUAGGACGACGCUAUAUAUGGCGGUCAAUUAUGCUUCUUACCUGGAGAAGCUGUCAUUGCUAUUCAUGACUGCCGGCCGACAGGCCCCUCGAUAUCAAGCCUUGGCAACCAUUUACCCCCAGUCCGAGACUUUACAAAGCUGCCUAUCCGAGUACUUCAUCGUCGUCGUUCACGUAUGCCAAAAGAUACAGAAAUAUGGAAACAGAUCAGCCUUUGGCCAGUUCAAGUCUUCGUUGAACGACGCGGAUCUUAAGGGGUACCAGGCAGAUCUUGAAGUCUGGGGGAAUGCCAUCAAGGACCAAGCAACCGUACUUCUUAACCAAGUGAUUCACCACGAAUCACAAGAAAACAAUAAGUCCCGCAUGUUGAUGAGCUGGUGGUCCGCAUCUGCUCGGCGGCAACAGGCCCUCGAGCGUAAGAUGCGAUGGCUCGACGCAUGUUCCAGGUACGACUUUCAGACCACUUGGAAGCAGAUUCGGAAGAGGGGUUCCACAUCGUUGCUACCAACAUGGCCCGACUAUCAGCAAUGGAAACAGGAGAUUGAAUCGACGUCAGCUAUUCUUUUCAGCGGAAAGGUCGGCGCUGGAAAGUCAGUCACAAUGGCCAAUAUUGUUGACGACGUGUAUUUGGUAGAAAACGCUAUAGUCGUCUACUUUUUCUGCCGCCACGAUAUCCAGGAAAGUCUCAAGUCCCGCAUAAUCUUGGGAAGCCUGGCUCGACAGUAUUUAUCAUACUUUCCAGAGGACAACGGGGUCUUCAAGGAAGGUGUGCCGUCUCUUGAUUUGGACGAACUCACGACUCUCAUGAAGUUGAAGUGCGACAAUCGGCCAAGGUACCUACUGCUCGACGGUUUAGAUGAAUGCAGUGAAGAGGAACGUCGUUCGGUCCUUCUUCAGUUGUCUUUUCUGCAGAGACACUCUAGUUGGAGACUCGGGUUCUCAGCUCGUCUUUCAACAGAAAGUUUCAUCCAACGACACAUUACCUUAAGGCGGCACAUUUCCCUCCCUAUUCUCAACCCCGAUAUCGAGAGAUACAUCGACAACGAGCUAGAGAAUCGCCUAUCUAGUGGCCAGCUGACACUCGGAGACCCGAAUUUGUUGUUCGAAAUUCGCAAUGCUCUCCUUAGCGGCGCGAACGGAAUGUUUCUGUGGGUUGCUCUGCAGCUAGAUCAAGUGUGCUCAGAGAUAUCCGACCACGCCAUACGCCUUGCGAUCAAGUCACUUCCCCGAGACUUGUCCGAAACGUACGCUCGUAUAUUGGGCGAAUCGUCAGCUAGAGAUACUGGUCGACAUCACGUCCGCCUGUUCAAGUUCCUCGCAGCAGCUUAUACGCCAUUAACGAUCGAUCAGAUUCAAGAAGUUGCCAGCGUAACAAUAGGUGAUGCUACUUGGGAUCCCAGCAAACGUAUCAAUAACAUCCGGAGGGUCGUGGGGUUCUGCGGAAGUCUCGUAAUGAUUCAAGAAGAGGAACAAACAGUCCAGUUUGUCCAUCACAGUGCCAGAAGCUUCUGUCAAGGUGUUCUCGAGGGCUUUGGUCGUUGGAAGUUCUGCUUUUCUGACGACGAGGCACAUCGCGAAAUAGGAGAAACAGCAGUGACUUAUCUCAGCUAUGGCAUCUUCGACACCCGGCUAUCGACUCAACUUAUGCCAAAAGUGAAAGUGGAUGGCUUCGCACAACGUAUCGUACAGCAAACAAUUGGGACAUCAAACCCUAUUGUAAAUUUGGCUCUCGAUUUCGUCAUGCCCAAGACGGACAGCGAUCGCGACAUCGCACAUUUUCUGACACACACGCAUCAAAGGACUAGCGCAACAGAAUUCGAAUCAACCAACCAUCCAUUUCUUCCUUAUGCAAGGGAGUUUUGGAUCUUGCACACGAGAAACAUCGAGAAUUCAGAGGUACAUCGACUGUGGGAACAGCUCUUCAAUGAAGUCGAUUUGAGUCAUCUGCAACUCACGCCUCAUGUCGCUGGUCCCCUAGACCAUUUUAAAGCACCCUGCAAGCACCCGAUCGCAUCGGCUUUUCUUUGGGCUGUCAACUAUUCCCAUGUUGCUGUUUUCGACCGCGUCAUGGACCUGGGUCGCAACCAUCCCUUCGCCCCAGGCCUGCCGUGGGCACGUUUCCGUUUCUUCCGCAGUCUGCUUCAAUAUCUUCAACCGCACGGUCCAUUCGAUAAGGUUCCACGUCUAAACCGGCAAAUGAUACGACGACUUCUCCCGAUGGCGGUCGUUUUGAGGGUCUAUCAUGCGGUUGAAUGGAUGUUGCCUCAUGUAGACCCCGCUCAGAUACUCUCGGUCUUCGAGGUAGCCAUUUCUUGCGGCAAUUACACAUCUGCCGCAAUCCUCUCUUCCAAUGCAGCCUUCAGUCCACCCAACAAGCCUAUUAUCCCAACUGAGCUUAUGUUGCUCGCUGCCUCUACCCACGACCCGCGAAUGAUUGGUCUCUUGGCGAAAAUGGGUGCUGCUAGGUCCGCACACACCAAUACUUCGGCACUGUCGAGUUUGCUACACUCUGACAUGCAUCACGGUGCUCUACUGGAAGCGACAGCCAUUCUUGCCAACGCGGGACUUCAGCCAAACACACUCAAUUCGCGAGAUAAGUUUGCUGUCUUUCAACUGCUGGCUCUGGGUCCCGAGACCAGCGCCAAAAUGGCCCUGGGGUCUGUCGAGAGUAUAUUGGCCGCGGACUCGGACUUCCCACGGCUUCAUCAACAAAUUCUCCAGCGCGCAUGCUCCAUUGGAAGUUUUGAUCUCGCCAAUGCUGUCUUGGCCAGCUACGAUAAUUUCACUACUGGAGAGCGAAAGGUUGGUAUCAGCAAGGUACCCCACUUCCCUUUCGAGGGGAAUGAACUGGUCCUUAUACUACAGAUGGUGUCGGAGAGUAGGACCAAGCUUGCAAGUUUGCUUGUCAAUCGGGGAUGUCAUGACAAGGACCGGCGCGGUUUUCGUAGAGCGCUUGUUCUCAGGCAUUGGCAGCUUGCAGACGCUUUGCUCAACGGGAGGGAUCUCACAAGUGAUACGCUCACAUUAUGUGACAACCACGAACUUCUUCACCUGUGUCUCUUUCAAGGGGACCUCAUCGGCAUCAACGUCCUGCUUAAGAUUGGCAUAAGUUUUGAAAACCCAUCAACCGGACCACUUUUCAAACACGCGACUCCGAUGCAGGCACUUUUAGCUCAGGACUCGGAAUAUUUUAUCCGUCUCUCUAUGGUAGAGCUUCACAUUCGAGGGGCUCUAUCCAUGGAUGUUCCUACCAAGUUCUCGGAUUUGAGGACUGCCGUGAAACGACUUCUCUCACCUUCCAGUUCUUCCGCGUGGGACCCUCAGAUCCAGCAGAUA